GAGAAAGGAGGGAGGAGGGAGGGAAGAGUGACUGCUGGGAAGUUGAAGCUUUCUCAAAAGGAGGUGUGACUCAGGCGUCGACGGGUGAACAGAGGCUCUUCCAUGUGUGGAUAGAAACUGCUCAACUGAUUCAUUACAGCAGGAUUUUACUUAAAAACAGACUGGGAACCUUAACUUAUUAAAAGUCUGAUUGACAAGUGGAAGCCUGACCUACACAUGUACAGAUCAACUGACUGGACCUCAGACUGGUGCGAAGCUUGGAUGCCUUGUUUACCAAUUUAAAGGCAAAUCAGCUGAUCUCGAAUCUGGUUGGAAUUGAUCAUUUUUAACAAAACAGAAGACUUACUGAAACGUUUAAUUAACACAUGUGACAUUUGAUUGGUUAAAUGUACCUGACUGUUGGAAAUUCAUGGUGAUCAACUGAAUGGUUGCCUGCUUUGACACAUUAUUGGCAUCCUGAUCAACUGAGGUCCAUCUGAUUGGUUGAUUGAUAAUUAAAGAAGCGCUGCUGGAGCCAUUUUUGUUGGCAUCGGGAUGAGCGGAGCAGGGGACGUGGUGUGUGAAGGGUGGCUGCGAAAGUCUCCCCCAGAGAAAAAGCUGAGGCGCUAUGCCUGGAAGAGGCGCUGGUUUGUGCUGCGGAGCGGUCGACUGAGCGGAGAGCCGGACGUUCUGCAAUACUACAAGAACCCGCAUUCCCGUCGGCCAAUCAGGAGCAUCAAUCUAAAUCUGUGCGAACAGGUGGAUGCUGGCCUUUCUUUCACAAAAAAGGAGCUAGAGAGCAGCUUUGUUUUUGACCUCAGGACAGAAGAGAGGAUCUGGUACUUGGUGGCCGAGUCUGAAGAGGACAUGAACCGCUGGGUGACAUCCAUCUGCCUGCUCUGUGGCUUCAACCCGACUGAUGAUGUUCCAGAAAGACCUCUUGUCUCCUCCUCCACCUCUGCAACAUCUAUGACCCCAGCCAGUCACACCACCACCAUCUCUACGAUGACAGGGUUAGUCCCACCACCAUAUGACCCGGUGAGUGUGCGGCACAUGGAGCCUGAUGGGAAUUCAGAGGAGGAUUACUUGUGGUUAUCACAAUGCCAGAGUCACGUCAGGGCUCCUUUAGGGUCAUCCACAUCUCUUGAAACCGACUACAAUGACAACCUCUACCCGCCUCCCUCUGCAACUUCCUCCUCUUCUUCUUCUUCUUCCUCUCCUUCCCUCCUCCCCGGCAGCUUUCCAAAUCCAUCCUACUCCUCUUCCUCCUCUUCUUCUGGCUUUAGAGUGGUCCCUUGGACAGUCACUGCAACGUCGAGCCCUCUCAGCCAGUCUUUAGAUGCCAGCACGACCCCUGACUCCCAGAAUCGAGCUGGCAGACCCCGCUGUCACCCCUCUCCGCAUCCCAGAAAGCACUCCCUGGAUUUUCACCUUCGUCCUGUAGCAAUACCUCUCAGUGAUAACGUGCACUCCAAUGUGUAUCCAAGCACACACACAUCCACCACUAGUGGUUACCAGAUCCCACGUCCAGUAUGCACUUCACAACCGCCACCCCCUCGCCGCCCGUCUUCUACCCCUAGUGUGGACUCCCUAACCCAAGCAGAGCUUCAUGCCUCCACCCCAACUCCUCCUCCGCGCCCACCAAAACCUCCUGGCAUUGCAGCCCAAGGAGAAAGCUCAAAGCUUGCCACACUCCCCCGAACUGCCUCAGAGCCAGAGAGGAGGGAUGAGAGUGUGGAUGGAGGAGGAUAUCUGCCAAGGAGCAACACUGUCACUACACCAGGACGCAUGCAUACAAGUAGCGACUCUUUUUACAUCCAUCGGUCUUUGUCUGACAGAGCAAGUAUCUUUGAGUUCAGUGAGAGCUUCAACAGUUAUUUCUUUAACAAAGGCAUGGUCCCUCUGGGUAGUGUCUGUUCUGAAGACGAUGAUGUGGAUGAAAAUUACGUUCCCAUGAGCGCUGCCACCUCUGAGCCACCGGUUGCACCCAGAGUGCCUCCACCCUCAGACCCCUCUGCCCAGCUCCAAGAAGGCAACUACGUCCCUAUGACCCCUCUGACAUCUUCAUUGCCUACACACUCCACCACUGCCAUGACUGACAUGGCAUCUCUCGGGAGGCAGGUGCCGCCCCCUGCGCACAUGGGUUUCCGUAACUCCCCGCUGACUCCCGUUGCUCCUCUCACUCCGCCGCUCAGGAGAAAUACCAUGAACACUUCCGCUGGAGGCGAACAAGAAGCCAUGCCCCCUCCAAUCCACCGCAACCUGAAACCACAACGGAGAGGGGUUUGUGCCAAUCAGCCGGUGGACAGAAAUGACAGCCAGACCCCUGAGGAGCCGACAAAUAAAACAAGAGUAAAACCGGCUCCUCUGGACAUCUCUUCAGUGCAGCAGGACUGGCAGGAAGUCCCCCCUCCAGUGCGCUCGCCUGUAACACGGACCUUCACCCGUGGACCCUCCAGUCGUCAGACGGUCACGCCGAGCUCCGCUCACAGCUCUUCACCGUCCUCUGAUUCCGAUGACCCCGACGACAGCUACGUCGCAAUGAUGACCUCUAGCCUCAGUUUCAGCGCCGGCGAGCAGUCUCUGAGACUCAUGAUGCACCGGGCUUCAGAGGGCGGAGUCAGCAGCCCUUUGUUACCACGAGCCAGAGGUGACAAGCAGGUGGAGUACCUGGACCUUGAUCUCCACACUGGACAAUCAACACCAAGCAGACAGAAACGCUGCACUGGAGAAGGUCUAACCGGGGGCAGUGAGCACGCCGGAGAUGGCGAGGAUCAAGCACGAGGCCAGCGUACACGUGUGGACUAUGCAGUGGUGGACCCCAAAAGGACCAAGGCCCUGAGGAGCACGCGAGAAGCACGGCAUGCUGGGAGGAUGUCUACGGAGAAGAAUAAAUUAUGAAAAAGGCACAAACACACACUGAAACGGUCUCACAGUUCAAAACAUGCUUCUUAUCCAGGAAAAGAAUAAAUAUAACUGGACAAAGUGACUGACGGACUAUGUUAUAAUCUUAGAAUUAUUACGUUGUUUAAUAUUAAGUAUCUACUUAGCAAAGUAUUUACAUCCUCAGACUGUUUGGCGGAUCUGUUAAAAUAAGCUUGGGGCAUGCAGGAACCAUCUACAACCCAGUAUAUCAGCUGAUAUACAUCCCACUGGUAAAUAUCUUACAGGGCUCAUAUUUAAGUUGCAGCACAGCUAGAAGCCGCUUUGUAAACCCAGCUCCUCCUUUCAUGCUCUCUCUGUGAUAAUCAAUAUAAAAUCUGAGGUGAAAGAUACCUGUUUUGAUUUCUGCUGUGGGUCACUGCUGAUAGACGCAAUUUUUUUAAAUUUUUAUUUUAAAUUAAGUUAAAGUGGUCCUUUCAUUGGGGAUAAAUUGUAAACUAUAGGUUAAUAGAUUUUUGAUACAUAUUUAUGGUAUCAGGAUGGUGUACAUCAUGUUGAACUGUCAAAAUGUUACCACAAUCUGGCUUUCUAAAGUGUUUUUAAUACAUUUGGACAAUAAAAUAAGGAGAUUAUAUCCAAGAGGAAUACGGGAGGGGAAAAAGCUUUCUGAGUAAGGGGCGUCUUAGAUAAAAUGUUUUUUUUAAAAUUGGUAUUUCUUUCAAAAUGCUAAUGCAUAGCGUACUUGUCUUCUUUGGGACCAGAAAGAAAAUAUUAAAAACAUUUUGACUAAAGGAGGGCAUUAAAUUAGACACAAUUUCUCUCUUUUUUUCUUUGACAUGUUUUGUUUAUAACAUCAGAUGCACACUACCCAUCAGGCUUUAAAUACACAAAAGACAUGAAUAUCAGAUAGUUUAACUAAGUUAUUAUAUACAAUGUAGAGUAGUUUAUAGUAACAGUUCCUUUUUUUGUUUCCGCUCCACACUACAAAAUCACACCACACUACCACAUUUUAUAGUUAUUUUACAUAACUAUAAAAUGGAAAUUUUUCCUUGGUUAUUAAACCCUCCAAAUUCCCAGAAAAGCAAAGUUACAUGUGCAGAAAUAAAGGACAUGACCCUGUUCUCUAAGAUCAUUUUCGGUGACAGCGUAGAAUCCCUUAGAAAAAGCAAAUAUUCUUGGAAUGCAAAACCUGGUCUGUUGAAGGUGCCAGCUUUUUAGAGUUCAAAUCACCUGCAGGCGUUUGAAGAUAAAAAUGUAUAUUAAGCAACACAAUGUCAAAGGAUGGUGAUGAUUCGACACAAAACUGCCCCUUUCAAAACCAGAGAUUGACAUGUCAGAGUUUUUGGAAAGCCCGUUUUUACUGAAUGGAAAACACCGCACUUUGAAUAGAAGGCAGGGCAAUGAGGAAAUGCAGUCUUACUCUGAUCCUACAUAAGCAAAAAAGAAUAUAACAGCUGCUUAUCUAGGGCACUGGAACUUCUUCACCUACUUCUACUCAAAACGGGUGACAACAUUAGUUUUUGCUGCACCGUAUUAAAAGUAAGGUUUCACUUUUGAUUUAAAUCUGCUGAGAAAAACUGUUUGACUUGUUUUGUGCUGUGAUAUUUUUUAAGACAAAAAUCUCUGGUGACUUUAAUUUUGUAUGUCUAUGUUAAGUUUCCCUAACGACAUGCAUUAGUUAGAUCUGCUCCUCUGAGGGAGUGAUAAACGUGGUGGGAAGUUUGUGGUUUUCCUUGUGACUAACACACAGUUAUUGUCCAAUGUAUUCAUCAUCCCGAUGUGAAUCCUUCUGUCAGAUCCUGCCUGUCCAGAUGAUGGAUAUAAUCUGUUAAUGCUGAAUUAUGUGAUCACAGUAAGAAUGGAAUAAACACUAUACAUCACUG